AUGCGAGUUUGUGGUGGGGUUGUCCCUUUCCUUUUAAGUUCUGGACUUUAUUUUAGCAAACCACGGUCAGAAUCUAGAUCCUCGGUAAAAUAUAGAAAGAGAACGGGAGCAAAUCAUUUGAAAGUUCUCAAGUGUAGCAUUAGUAUAUCUCCUUGGUUUUCUCACGACUUAAGUGGAAAUGUUGCAACAACCCAAAUACGGUAUGCAAAAUGCAAAUGCCAACGAAUUGAGAGUGCCAGUGGGAUAAGUUCAGAGGGUGGAAAUGGAUCAUGGUUUGUGGAUAAUGCGAAGGAGUUCAAUUCAGUUAAUGGAAAUAUGCCGAAUGCUCUUGAAUUCAAAGAACUCAGCUUGAAGAAAGAGGUGACAUCCAAUAGUAAUUUACCUGAUAAUGGCUCUGUGAGAGAUACCUUGCAAACAGUUAUUGCUGAUUCAGUUGAGGAUGAAGCAUGGGAGCUACUAAGGGAAUCUAUUGUUUAUUAUUGUGGCAAUCCAGUAGGCACAAUUGCCGCGAAGGACCCGAGUAGUUCCAAUGUUCUGAACUAUGACCAGGUCUUUAUUCGAGACUUUAUACCUUCUGGUAUAGCUUUUCUUCUGAAGGGAGAAUAUGAUCUUGUUCGCAACUUUAUCCUUCACACACUUCAGCUACAGAGCUGGGAAAAAACCGUGGACUGUCAUAGCCCCGGUCAAGGGCUGAUGCCUGCCAGUUUUAAAGUGCGCACAGUUCCUCUGGAUGGUGAUGACUCUGCAACAGAAGAGAUACUGGAUCCUGACUUUGGAGAGGCAGCAAUUGGCCGGGUUGCACCGGUUGAUUCUGGAUUAUGGUGGAUUAUUUUGUUGCGUGCAUAUGGCAAAUGCUCUGGAGAUUUAUCUGUUCAGGAGAGAAUUGAUGUCCAAACUGGAAUUAAGAUGAUAUUAAGGCUAUGUCUGGCUGAUGGCUUUGAUAUGUUUCCGACAUUAUUAGUGACUGAUGGUUCUUGCAUGAUAGAUCGCCGAAUGGGAAUUCAUGGUCAUCCUCUGGAGAUCCAGGCAAGGAAGUCAUUUGAAUCAUUGUUUUUUAAUAUAUUGCAUUCAAUUCUCUAG